AUGGUACUGACGGAGCUGGGGACGCAGCUGACGUCAGCACUGCAGAAGCUGCAGGCGUCGGCCGUGGCUGACGACAGCGCAAUUGAAGAAUGCCUUAAGGAAGUGAUCAGGGCGUUGAUCUUGGCGGAUAUAAACAUUAGCUAUCUGAAGGAUAUAAAAAGUAAUAUAAAAAAAAAAAUCGAAAAAAAUAUCGAUUUGUAUGGAAACAAUAAAAAGAGACUGGUACAACAGUACGUGGUGGAAGAGCUUAUUAACCUCCUCGAAGGGAAGAAAGAAUCCUAUGUUCCCAAAAAAGGAAGCCGAAAUGUCAUUUUGUUUGUCGGUUUGCAAGGAAGUGGAAAAACAACCACCUGUACCAAGUUUGCACAUUAUUAUCAAAAGAAAGGAUUCAAAACAGCCUUAGUAUGUGCAGACACUUUUAGAGCCGGGGCUUUUGAUCAGCUAAAGCAAAAUGCGGCAAAGGUUAAAAUCCCAUUUUAUGGUAGUUACUCAGAAGUAGAUCCUGUAAAAAUUGCAAGUGAUGGAGUCAAUGCAUUUUUAAAAGAAAAAUAUGAUUUAAUCAUUGUUGACAGUUCUGGUAGGCAUAAACAAGAGAGUGAAUUAUUUGAAGAAAUGAAACAAGUCGAAAGUUCAAUAAACCCAGAAGAAAUUGUAUUCGUAAUUGAUAGCCAUAUUGGACAGAGUUGUCAUGAUCAAGCUAUGGCUUUUAAGAACUCAGUUACCUUAGGUAGUAUAAUUAUUACGAAAAUAGAUGGACAUGCAAAGGGAGGAGGAGCUCUAUCAGCAGUAGCAUCAACCGGAUGCCCGAUAACAUUUAUCGGUACCGGUGAACAUAUUAACGAUUUUGAGAAAUUUGAAGCCAAGUCAUUUGUUUCGAGACUUCUAGGGUUAGGAGAUAUAAACGGCCUUGUGUCAACCUUGAAGGAAGUAAUAGAUAUUGAAAAACAGCCACAGUUAAUUAACAGAUUGUCUAAAGGAAAAUUUGUACUCAGAGAUAUGUAUGAUCAAUUUCAAAAUGUUUUUAAAAUGGGGAGCUUAAGUAAAGUUAUGUCCAUGAUCCCAGGUUUUGGUAACAAUAUAAUUAGUAAAGGUACCGAGAAGGAAGGGAUUGAGAAAAUAAAAAAAUUUAUGGUUAUUAUGGAUUCUAUGACGAAUGAAGAAUUGGAUUGUGUAAAACCUCUGAACGAUAGUAGAUGCCUGAGAAUCUGCAAAGGGUCAGGUACGCGCCUGCAGGAUAUACGAGAAUUGUUGGAACAGUUUAAGUUCUUAAAAAAUAUGGUCUCCAAAAUGGGAAAAUUGGGAUUGAGAGAAAAUAAUAUUGGCUCAUUAAUGAGAAAUCAAAAACAGUUCCUCAGCAAAAUGAACAACAUUAUUGAUCCAAGCAUGUUGGGACAGAUGGGCGGCGCAAAUAACAUGGUUAACAUUUUGAAAGAAUUUACAAAGAUGGACGAUUUGGGGGGGACUAUGGCUAACAUGAUGAAACAAAUGGGUUUUAAAAAGUGA